UUUUCCAUUUUACUGCAGUUUUUUUUCCCAUUUUUCCUGUCAGUCACUCAUAUUUCAUAUUUCUUUGAUGUUUUAUUUUAUGUGUGGACAACACAGUGGUUACCUUGAGCCAAAGGUCACGAUUGGCAUCUAAUGAUAGUCACUUCCUUGAUUAAGUUCCACUGGGUUCUAUCUGUGGAGGAAUUGUGCUCUUUAAAGUGCAUGUUUGGCUCUCGCAGUACAAAAACUGGUCCACAGGUUGUGUGAGAUUGCUUGGUUAUUUGUUAAGACUGUACAUAUAUUUAGGCACAAAAAUGGCUGGAAAAGACUAUGCAAAAACAAUGAGCAUGCACAGGAUGAAGCUUGUAUGAAUUUUAACAUAUUUGCUUUUCUCAUAAUAGAAUGAAAUUGAGAUUUUGUAAAACUUAGCUAUUUUAUUAUUAUUAUUUUAUUUUAUUUUAUUUUUUAUUUUUAUUUUUGGCUUAGUUGGUUUGAUCUGCAUCACUUUUAUAGAAAAAAUAUAGGAGAAAGAAAGCCAGGUUUCUGGAGGUCUUGACUUUGAUAUUUCGGUCAUUAUAGGUAAAGCAACUUUGAUUUAUUGAAAUAUAUUUUAAUUUUGUGACAACUGUACAUAAAUAAGCUGUAACAACUUUUCAAGGGUAGAAAAAUCGAAACUGCUUCGUAAUAGCAUUUUUCUCAUCCAGUUUUUAUUCUGAAGGCCAUUAUCGGAAGUUGAGUAUAUCCGUUUCCGUUAGCUUGCUAGUCAGGCGGAAGCAAAGCGAUGUAAGAGCUAAUUCAGACCGGUUCUUACUGAGGAGGACGCCGGGCAGGUGAAGCCCCACACCUGUUGGAUAAAGAGCACCACCGGACCGUCACCUCGGCCCGACCGAAGAACCAAUCCGCUGCUCCGGCCAGCAAACAGAACACAGCAGAACCGAGGCCUCCGUGUUUCGACUAACCCUAAGCUGUCACGUCCGAGAAGAGGACUCCGUGUUCGGCAGGGAAGUUCUUGGAGAAAGGGCACUUCUUUGCGGAUAAUCGGCCUCAGGGUGGGGGGGAGAACCGGGUCACCCGGACACGGACCUCAUGAAUGGAAAUCGGAACAACAGGAGCCGUUGGAGCCCAAGCCCUGUUUUCGCUGCCACGACGACCGGGCUAUGGCACCCUUGGAAAGGCGAUCAAACUUUUGGCCAACUGCUUCCAGGUGGACAUCCCCAAGCUUGAUGUGUACCUGUACGAGGUGGACAUCAAGCCUGACAAAUGCCCCCGCCGGGUCAACAGGGAGGUGGUGGACUCCAUGGUGCAGCAUUUCAAGGUGACCAUCUUCGGUGACCGGCUACCGGUUUACGAUGGGAAGAGAAGCCUCUACACUGCCAGCCCACUUCCCGUCGCCAGCAGCGGGGUUGAUUUGGACGUGACCCUGCCAGGGGAGGGGGGCAAGGACAGACCGUUUAAGGUGUCCCUCAGAUUUGUGUCGAUGAUCAGCUGGAACCUGCUGCAUGACGUCCUGAAAGGACACAGCACGCCCGAACCGGUGGACCUGGACAAGCCGAUCAGCACCAACCCCGUCCACGCGGUGGACGUCGUACUGAGACAUCUGCCCUCCAUGAAGUACACCCCGGUGGGGCGCUCCUUCUUCUCCUCCCCAAAGGACAAUGACUACCCACUAGGUGGAGGCAGGGAGGUGUGGUUCGGCUUUCACCAGUCAGUGCGGCCGGCCAUGUGGAAGAUGAUGCUGAACAUCGAUGUGUCAGCCACGGCCUUCUACAAAGCCCAGUCUGUCAUUCAGUUCAUGUGCGAGGUCCUGGACAUUCACAACAUCGACGAGCAGCCGCGCCCCCUCGCCGACUCCCACCGGGUGAAGUUCACCAAAGAGAUCAAAGGGCUGAAAGUGGAAGUAACUCACUGCGGGACCAUGCGGAGGAAGUACAGGGUCUGCAACGUGACACGGCGCCCCGCCAGCCUGCAGACGUUUCCUCUGCAGCUGGAGAACGGUCAGACGGUGGAGCGUACGGUGGCUCAGUACUUCAGGGAGAAGUACAAUCUGCAGCUGAAGUACCCCCACCUGCCCUGCCUGCAGGUGGGACAGGAGCAAAAGCACACAUACCUGCCGCUGGAGGUAUGUAACAUCGUGGUCGGUCAGCGCUGCAUUAAGAAGCUGACGGAUAACCAGACGUCCAUCAUGAUCAAAGCCACCGCCCGCUCUGCGCCCGAUCGGCAGGAGGAGAUCAGCAGACUGGUGCGGAGCGCCAACUACGCGGCCGACCCCUUCGUGCAGGAGUUCCAGUUCCGCCUGUGCGACGAGAUGGCUCAGGUGACGGGCCGCGUCCUGCCGGCCCCCAUGCUCCAGUAUGGCGGCAGGGUGAGCUCUGAACCCUUUCUGAACCGCACAGUGGCCACGCCCAGCCACGGCGUGUGGGACAUGAGGGGGAAGCAGUUCCACACCGGCGUGGAGAUCAAGGUGUGGGCCAUCGCCUGCUUUGCCACCCAGAGGCAGUGCAGAGAGGAGAUCCUGAAGAGCUUCACAGACCAGCUGCGCAAGAUCUCGAAGGACGCUGGGAUGCCCAUCCAAGGCCAGCCGUGUUUCUGUAAAUACGCACAGGGGGCGGACAGCGUGGAGCCCAUGUUCAGACACCUUAAGAACACCUACGCCGGCCUGCAGCUCAUCAUCGUCAUCCUGCCCGGGAAAACACCCGUCUACGCUGAGGUGAAGCGAGUGGGAGACACGCUUCUGGGCAUGGCCACGCAGUGCGUCCAGAUGAAGAACGUGGUGAAGACGUCCCCCCAGACGCUCUCCAACCUCUGCCUGAAGAUCAACGUCAAACUGGGCGGGAUUAACAACAUCCUGGUUCCACACCAGCGACCGUCUGUGUUCCAGCAGCCCAUCAUCUUCCUCGGCGCCGACGUCACUCAUCCUCCAGCAGGAGACGGGAAGAAGCCGUCAAUAGCGGCGGUGGUGGGCAGCAUGGACGCGCACCCUAGCAGGUACUGUGCCACCGUUCGGAUCCAGAAGCCCAGACAGGAGAUCAUCCAGGACCUGGCAUCGAUGGUGCGGGAGCUCCUGAUCCAGUUCUACAAGUCGACUCGCUACAAGCCAACCAGGAUCAUUUUCUACAGGGACGGGGUGUCGGAGGGCCAGUUCAGACAGGUGCUGUACUACGAGCUACUGGCCAUCCGGGAGGCGUGCAUCAGUCUGGAGAAGGAGUACCAGCCGGGCAUCACCUUCAUCGUGGUGCAAAAGCGCCAUCACACACGGCUGUUCUGUGCUGACCGCAACGAACGGGUCGGACGGAGCGGGAACAUCCCCGCCGGUACCACCGUGGACACGGACAUCACUCACCCGUACGAGUUCGACUUUUACCUGUGCAGCCACGCCGGAAUCCAGGGCACAAGCCGGCCUUCGCAUUACCACAUCCUGUGGGACGACAACUGCUUCACAGCGGACGAGUUCCAGCUGCUCACCUACCAGCUGUGCCACACCUACGUCCGCUGCACACGCUCCGUAUCCAUCCCUGCUCCCGCCUACUACGCCCACCUGGUGGCCUUCCGUGCUCGCUACCACCUUGUAGACAAGGAGCAUGACAGUGCUGAAGGCAGCCACAUCUCAGGGCAGAGCAACGGCAGGGACCCCCAGGCGCUGGCCAAAGCCGUGCAGAUCCACCACGACACUCUGAGGACCAUGUACUUCGCCUGAACGCCCCCUCCCUCCCCGUCAACAAGGUGACAGCCAGCAGCUCCAAGGUGUAGCUUUCCUUACGCCGCCUCCCACUUUCUAAACUGAGAAAGCCCCUGUUCCUUGCUGCCUCCAGAACCACGCCUUGACACUUUGAAAGCUCCAGUUCAACCGAACGAUUCCUUCUAUUUAUGCAUUUUCUCCUUGAAACCUAAACGAACAUUUAUCUUCAGCAAUAGAGAUGAAGUUUUCACUGACAGCACUCCUGCAGCAGACAGAACUCCUCCACAUAAGAGAGGAUGAAGGUCCGUAGGGGAGGAGCAGUCAGGACGUCUGAAGGUGUCAAACUAAGUGCCUGGUUUGAGGAAAUUUAUUUUUAUUGGAUCCUAGUGUUGUUUUAUGAAACCGUUUCGUGUUGCCCCAUGUAAUGUCUGAAAAUCCUACUCCUCAAAACGUAUGUGUGAAGGAUCCAGCAGCAAUGUUUCUUCUCUGCUGAAGGACCCGAUCCUCUGAAUCGAGCGCCGCCUCGGUGGCCAGCAGGGGGCGGUGUGUCAUGUCGUCUUCACCUCCUUCAGCCUGUUUUUUAUGGGCUCUGAAAUGAUGCCUCAUCAAACGUCCUUUAAGACCUCCAGGAGUUUCCGAGCGGCUCCUGGAGGUCCCACUUUUACUCACCGAUGCCUUUUCCUCCACGAAGAGCGACUUUUAGGAUCCUUCAUAGAAAUAUUUUUAGCUAAAGAUGUUAUUGAAUCGCACGCGCAGCUGCUUAUGUAUUUUUUUAAACAAAGGUUUUUAUGUGAAGCAGAAGCUGCCAUGUUUGCAUGAACAUGAUGCUGCAGCAGGUUUACAAUCACGGCCUUCCUUCAGGACCUGCAGGAGCACCAGUCUCUGCUCUCGGAGGAGGGGCGGCGACCAGUUUGACCGUUACAGACUGCCUUUUAAUCGUGCUGCUGAAAAUAGCUUAACAAGUCUCUUAUUGUGCACGUACGCAUGUGCACGUGAUCAAAAACAGUUAACACUUUAUGUUGGUGGUGGUGGGGGGGUGUUGGAGCUCCACCCUAGCUUACGUUUUUAAUCUUUCAAUUUAAGUGUAAAACCUGCGGCCAGUUAAAGCUGCUUCUGACUAAGCCCCGCCUCCUUACACUAACCACACCUUUUUAACAUGCAUUUAAGAAUCAGUUUUAUAGGACAUCAUCGGAAGAACAACUUUGAAUCAAAAAUGUUUUAAGCAAACCCCUUUCCAUGCAAGGGAAGCCUCCUUUACUGUAAUUUCAGCCAGCAGGGGGCGACACCUCACUCUGCCCAGUUCACGUGUUCCUUAUUUUCUUUGGUAUCGAAGGAGCGACUGCAGUGCUCUCCAAAACAAAUGUGUUUGAGUUUUGUGUUGUUGUUUUUUUUUUGUCUGAUCGUGACUUUCCUCAUCCUGCUUCCACCAUCA